AUGGGUUUUAACAUAGGAAAAACUUCUAAGCGGACGCCUACCCGGUUAAGGCACAAGAUCGCAAAGGCUUCUGCAGCCAAGGGUCGCAAGGAAAGAAAGCUUGCGAAGAAGAACCCUGAAUGGCGCUCGAAAGUCAAGAAGGACCCCGGCAUCCCCAACCUCUUCCCGUUCAAAGACCAGCUUCUCCAUGAAAUCGAGGAAAAGAAGCGCCUGAAGGAGGAAGAACAGAACCGGAUUCGCGAGGAAGCCCGUGAGCGUCGCCGUGCGGAGAAACAGCAGCAGAAGGCGCAAACCGGAGCCGAGGGUCAGACUAUGAUCGAUGAAGAGCUUAUGGAUGACGAUGAUGAUAUGGAUGCGGAUGCCGGUGACUCGUCAAAUCCUAUGGCUGCACUUCUUGCUUCCGCGCGGGCUAGAGCGGCUGAGUACGAGGACCAACACGACGAUGACGAUGACGAUGAGGAGAUGGAUGAGGAUGAUGACGACGAGGAUGGCAUGGAUGAGGAUGAGGAGAGCGGUGGGAUGUCGCUUGGCACUUCAUCAGUGACGCCCUUCGAUUCGAAUCCAUCCAAGGAAAGCUCGAGACGCGCAUUCGACAAGGUGUUCAAGCAGGUCGUCGACGCAGCGGAUGUCGUCCUCUAUGUGCUGGAUGCCCGUGACCCCGAAGGCACCCGGUCGAAGGAAGUCGAGCACGAAAUCAUGGCCGCCCAAGGAGGGUCGAAGCGAUUGAUUCUCAUCCUCAACAAAAUCGACCUUGUACCUCCCCAGGUGCUGAAGGGCUGGCUGGUGCACCUGCGCCGGUACUUCCCUACCCUGCCGCUCAAGGCCUCCAACGGCACCGCCAACGCACACAGCUUCGACCACAAGCAACUGUCUGUCAAGGGAACCUCGGAGACGCUCUUCCACGCCCUCAAGUCGUACGCACACAACAAGCAGAUGAAGCGCUCGGUCUCGGUCGGUGUUAUCGGCUACCCCAACGUCGGCAAGUCCUCCGUGAUCAACGCCCUCAUGUCCCGUCUGAACAAGGGCUCCAGCAACGCCUGCCCAACGGGCGCCGAAGCCGGCGUGACCACCAACCUGCGCGAAGUCAAGCUCGACGGCAAGCUCAAACUCAUCGACUCCCCCGGUAUCGUCUUCCCCAACACCAACAACUCCGACAAGAAGUCCAAGAAAAAGAAGGCAGAUGAGCACGCCCGUCUCGUGCUGCUCAACGCCAUUCCGCCCAAGCAGAUCGAGGACCCCAUUCCCGCCGUCAACCUCCUGCUCCGCCGCCUAUCCAAGUCAGAGCAGCUCAUGAACAAGCUGGUCGAGGUCUACCAGAUCCCCGCGAUCCUCCCCGGCCAGGACCAAACCACCGACUUCCUGAUUCACGUCGCCCGCAAGCGCGGCCGUCUGGGCAAGGGUGGUGUUCCCAACAUCGAGAGCGCAGCGAUGACCGUUAUCAACGACUGGCGCGAUGGUCGUAUCCAGGGCUGGGCUAACGCCCCGGUCUUGCCUGUUGCAACUACAACGGCUGACGGAACCACAAAAACCCCCGCUGCCGGCGAGGGCGUGGACACGAAACAGAUUGUCACGGAGUGGGCGAAGGAGUUCAAGCUCGAGGGAUUAUGGGGGAAUGGCGAGGGUGAUGAGGAGAUGGCCGAGUAG